CGUGAAGCUCUCUCCGGAGCAUGUCGAGGACCCCAAGAACUUCCCCGCCAGGCCUCCCGUGCGUCUCCCUACCCCGUUCAAAUCAAAUACAUCGCCCAAGAGACUGACAGACUGACAUCACACUUCCGGCUAUUCAGUAUACUCUCCCCAAAAUGCAGAAAGCCUUCAGCAAACCCGACAAGACCGUCGUCCCAGGCCAAGAGCGCAGCGUUAGCGUGCACGUCAAGUCGCUGCGUGAGCCGCCCAUCGACCUGAAGCUUACCUCGCAGCCCCUCGCCACGUCCAUCUUGGACCUGAAGUCGACCGUGUCAGAGAAGACGCGGAUUCCCGUGGAAAAAAUGCGGCUCCUGCACCGGAAGAAGCCUGUACCAGACAGCAAGGUGCUCAAGGACUUGCUGGGCGGGGAGGAGAUCUCGAUCGAGUUUUCUGUCAUGGUCAUUGGGGGAGCAGCGGCCAUCAAGCCGGCGGAGUCCAAGGAUGAAAGCAACGUCGCUGCCGGGGGAAUGGCUACCGGGGGAGUGGCUACCGGGGCAGCGGCUCUAGAGACACAGGCAUUCUGGGACGAUUUGAAGGGCUUCCUGAUGCAGAGGUUAAAGGAUGAGAAGCAAGCGGAAGAGCUGGCCAAAACCUGGCGGAUAGACUGGGAUGAAAAGAGGUGACCAGGCCGGGAGGAGCACAAGCGGUAG